GUGUGUUAUAAGGAUGGGUUAUUCAAUAAAGCGUUCAGAUAACCGUUUUUUCGAUCAGUGCAUCAACUGAGAUACCAGCAGAGCCUCUGGAUAUUUCGACCUAAGAAAAACCUUGCAGAUUCUAUUAGUAGCAGACAAUAUGUUUCGUUUGUUGAGCAUUUGGAUGGUGACAUGGACUUUAGUGUCAUCACAGUUCCUUUCAUCCGAACCACAAAUGAGACCACUCACAUUUGCAAUGAGGAAACUUGCGUUCUCUACGAAUCAAUUCGGAAUCGAUCUUUACCGAGCACUGAAAGUGCCAAAAAAUGAAGGCGUUGCAUUCUGUCCUUUCUGCAUAAGUACCUCUCUGGCCAUGAUUCUUCUCGGAGCUCAGGGUCGAUCAGCAAAUGCUUUGCAACAGGCUUUAUAUCUGUGGGGCGUAAGACAAGAAGAUGUGCAUAUAGCCUUCCACGAUUUAUUGAUUCACUUGAGAGAUAAUUUGCAGGUGACUCCUGGCCAUCAUAUAGCUGAUCACGUUUCUAAUAACAAUGGAGGAUAUCGCCAAGAAUAUGGAGUUCAGGAUUUCGAAAUAUUGCUUUUUAACAGCAUCUAUGUCCAAAGAGAAUAUAGCAUUCUUUAUCACUACCAAAAGUUCUUGCAUAGUUUCUAUAAUACAUCUGUGCAUCCUCUGGACUUCAGCAUGUAUGGAGAAGAAAGCAGACUUCAUAUAAAUGCCAUCGUAGAAAAGCAGACCAAAGGAAAUAUCAAAAAUAUUUUAUCACAGCCGUUACCAAAAACGACAAGUGUUUUGUUGCUGAACGCUUUGUCUUUUGAAGGUAUAUUAGACACUACAGGAUCGACAGUCAACCCUCCGCAAGAGGAUAUUCAUCGUCAUUCAUCGUACAAUCAAUUUUCUUCCACAGGCUACAAUGGUCAUUCUUUCAGUCUAAACCAUGCUUUCCAACCAACUCAUAGUCGUCUGCCACCAAUGGGAGGUCCUGCUGCUUCUUAUUACGCACCAUCUUUCGCCCAAGCCAUGCCAUAUGCUGCUGCAAGUCCCUACACUUCCCAUAAUUUCAUCACAGCACCAACAAGAACAAGACAAGGUGGUCUCCGCCAUGGUACUUAUGACUACUUGGGUUGCACAGGUGUCGAAAUACCAUUCCGAAGUGGAUUGCUGUCUCUGGUGCUACUGAUUCCAAGUGAUACUACUAGUAUAAAUAUGCUAGAAACAAGACUUAAUGCCCAACAUAUAACAGAUAUUUUGGGCACAAUGCAGAGCAAGAAUGUAAUACUUGAGAUGCCUCACAUUUCUUUCGAAGAUAGCCCAAAAAACUUGACCCAGGCCCUUUUUAGAAGUGGCCUUGUUGACCUGUUCACGCCUGGUUUUGCAGAACUUCUCGGCAUGAGUGAUUUCCGAUGGUUACAUAUUACCAAUCUGAUCCACAAGAUUAAUGUGAACAUCAAAAACAGCAAUGGAAUUAACCAUCAAUCCCCAGCUCCGGCUAGUGGUCAAGAAACCCUUCAUAUGAAUAUCCAAGAGAAGCCUUUCUUGUUUUUCGUCAUCGAUAACAUCAGCGGUUUGGCUUUGGUGAUGGGAAAAAUGGCCGCCAACCGUCGUUUAUAAACAUUUUCAAAACAUGAAAUAUACAUUUGAAGACAGGACAAGAUGAAAUAAAAGAAAAAUAAUCACUCACCGAUACUCAGACUUUAUUUUUAUUAUGUUGUAUCUAUUUAUAUUUUGGGAUGAGUUAAGUUAUUUUGAAUAAGUUAAACCGUAUGCAUGGUUAAACAGUUGAUAUUGCACACACUUGUAAAACGCAGCUUGGUAUGUGUUCAUAUGGAAUCACCAGCUACUGUUUUUAUUGUCAUGGAUCUUUGUCUCAUUUCACCUUUAAGAGUUUACUGUGAUUUUAUAUGUGUUUUUUUAUUAUUUCUUUUCCUCUUGAAAGUUUUUGUUCACGGUUUUGAAGCAUGUAUCUUAUGACUUUC